AUGCUUAAAGCAAAUAACCAUAAGGACGUUCAAAAAUUAAAAGGAAUCUUAGCUGAACAUAAUUUUCCAGAAGCUGGAGAUUUGGAAAUAGAAAAAAAUCUGUCAGAGCCAUCGCAGAAAGUUAUAGAAGACGAAAAUAUUACCGAGGAAAAUAACAAUUAUAAAGAAACAUCAGAAACUGCAUUUGUAUCUGGAAAAUGUUAUAUUCAGACUAAAUAUCAGUUUGCGGAAGACCAGUCGGCCACAGUGCUGGAGAACCAUGUGUAUAAAGAAAGGAAGGUUAUUGAAGUAGACGACGAGAAUGAAAUCGAAAAUGAAAUAAAAUACAGUGAUGAGUCAUCAGGAAGUGAGUAUGUACCGGAAGAUAGGGGAAAUCAGAGUGAAGAUCAAUCUGAGGCAAAACCGAGGGUAGAACAGUCAGAGAACGAAGACCAGGAUGUAAAGAAAAAAAGAAAGAGAGUUAGAAGAUGCCAAGUUAAUGAACUGAAAUGGUGUGAUCGAAUGAAUCAACAAAAGAGGGAAAGUGGAAAGAUGGAAACGGAUUCUGGAAUUGAAACGGUAUGUUUUAUAUGUAAUGAAACCAUCGUGUACGAUGGCGUCAUUGUAACUCGUGGGCUAGAGACAUUAAUAAACACCAGUAAGGAGCGAAAAGACAACCAUCAUUUAAUGUUGCAAGGAAAAUCUUCCUUGCAAAUGCAUCGAACUUGUCAGAAGCGAUAUACAGCGAAGUCUCGAGGCUAUUUUACUAAUCCAAAUAUCACGUCGCUACCAACUAAGCCACUGGACCAUUUAAUAAGCCCCAAGAGAAAGAAGGUUCGAGAGUCUUCAAGAUUUGACUUUGUAGUGAACUGUUUGUUUUGUGGGUUGCCAGCAAAUCAAGUGAAAAUAAAAAAAGGAGUUAAAAAACGAGUUUCCAUGAGAAUGGUCACGGAUUCAGAAUUCCAGAAAUUGAUUCGACGCCAAAAUCCAAAUAAACUUUCAAGUUGA